GUUGGUCCUGGGCAGCCAGGAGCACAACAGUGGCUGGAUACAAGUCUCCUGGGUUUACCCCUGCAGGGCAGGAGCAGGGCUAGUGGGGGCAGAGAGAAGUGAAGCAGGGAGGCAGGGGGAUGAAGAACCUGGGGAACAACCUCCCUCCUCCUGCCACGUAGAGCCACAUCUCCUUUCCAGGCCACCCGUAUGGCUGAGCAACCCUCCUUAGAGGUGGCCGUGCCAGCCCAGGCAAUGGCUGCAGACAACGCUGAAGCCCAUCCACCCCGGGCCAUCUGCCGUGGCUCCCAGCCCCAUGCACGGGGCACAGAGGAAGGCAAGCCACCGCUGCCCUCCCGCCGCAGCUCCAUCCUCAGCAUCCUGCCAGCAGCCCUGGCCAGCCGCCGCAGCUCGCUGGGGGCAGCCCCAGGGGGCAGGCGCCCCUCCAUUGGCCCCUGGAUGCUCCACAGCCGUGUGAGCUUCUCUGGGCUCCCCCUCUUCCAGCCCAUCCUCAAGACCCGCCUGGAGAACACUUACAGGAUAGGGCCGGAUGAAGGCUGCAAGUUCAAUGCAGGGCGGGUGCAGCGGGUGCUGGAGGGAGCCCUGUCUGGUGCCCUGGACACCAUGGUCUACAGCCCCCAGGGCAGUGCGCUGCUAGCCCAGAACCUGGUUGAGAUGGUGCAGAGCAGAGCAAAGGAGGUGGUGCCACCCCGCUACAAGCUGGUCUGCCAUGUGCUGCUGGGGCAGCAGGGCCAGCAGAGCCUGCUGGUGGCCAGCCGGGCACUAUGGGACCCAGAGAGCGACAGCUUUGCCUCCGCCACCUUCUCCAAUGCCUCUCUCUUCGCUGUGGCCACAGUGCAUGGGGUCUACUUUGAGUAGGACCUGCCUCUCCCUUCAUUCAGCAGUGUGAAGCUACAGGGGAAAGCAGCUGAAAUAAAGAGAUUGCACCAAC